UGUAGAUUCUUCUGUAAUAUUGUGCAUAGUGCAGGUAGGAAUAUGUUUAAAUCGGUGGUCCUCGUUUCGUUUGUCGCGUUGGCUGCUGCGGCACCGGCACCAUCUAAGACCAAGCGUUCCUACGGAUACCACGAAGCUUACAGUGCACCCCAUGUGGUCGGACAUUACAACACGUACGCUGACGUGUCGUACGCCCACGUGCCGGUGGUUAAGCACGUGCCAACCACCGUGGUCAAGCAAGUGACGGUUCCAGUGGUGAAAACCGUCGACGUGCCAGUAGUCAACAGUGUUGCCGUACCGGUCGUUAAGUACCAUACGGACCUGCAUUACGAUUCUCCGUCGUAUUAUAGCGGCAGUUACUACGGCGGUGGCUACGGACAUGGCUACGGUUAUGGAGGUUAUGGUUACGGCGGAUACGGCCAUAGUGGCUACAGCAGCUACUGGUAGUUUAUGUAGAUGCCAAAUGUAAAUAAUAAACGAAUAUUAU